UCUCUUAAAGCAUUCACGUUUGGACAAGGUUUUUCCAGCAGGCGCCUCAGCUUCAAGCUACUCGAUAGGUAUAGAGAUAGAGAUAAAGAUAGAGAUAGAGAUAAUCAUCAUGAUCAUGAUCAUGAUCAUCACCAGACUUACCUGGUGGAUGGCUCUGAUGAACUGGGAGAUGGUGCCCCUCCUGAAUGGGCUUUGCUGCUUAUCGGUUGCUUGCUUGGACUGGCUUCCGGUCUCUUAGUUGCCGCAUUCAAUAAAGGAGUUCACGUCAUACAUGAAUGGGCAUGGGCUGGGACUCCAAAUGAGGGUGCAGCAUGGCUUCGUUUACAGAAACUGGCCAACACUUGGCAUCGAAUCCUUUUGAUACCAGUCGCUGGUGGAGUCAUUGUUGGAAUGAUGCAUGGUUUACUUGAGGUAUUGUCUCAAAUAAGGCAAUCCAGUUCUUCACAACAACAAGGUUUUGAUUUGGUUGCUGGGGUUUUCCCUACAAUAAAGGCUAUCCAGGCUGCCAUAACUUUAGGCACUGGUUGUUCUUUGGGUCCUGAAGGCCCUAGUGUAGACAUUGGAAAAUCAUGUGCCAAUGGAUUCUCAUUAACGAUGGAAAACAACAGAGAAAGGAGGAUUGCACUUGUGGCAGCUGGAGCAGCAUCUGGGAUUUCUUCAGGUUUUAAUGCUGCUGUUGCUGGUUGCUUCUUUGCUAUUGAGACUGUGUUAAGGCCUCUUCGUGCUGAAAACUCCCCUCCAUUUACAACUGCGAUGAUAAUUUUGGCCUCAGUAAUCUCAUCUACAGUAUCAAGUGCUUUACUUGGGACAGAACCAGCUUUCACUGUGCCAUCAUAUGAUUUGAAAUCUGCUGCUGAGCUACCAUUAUACCUGGUAUUGGGAAUGUUAUGUGGCAUUGUAAGUGUAGUAUUCACUCGUUUGGUUUCUUGGUUCACAAAGGCAUUUGAGUUUAUCAAGGAGAAAUACGGACUUCCUGCUGUAAUCUGUCCUGCUUUAGGUGGUUUUGGAGCUGGAAUGAUAGCUCUUAAGUAUCCUGGAAUACUGUACUGGGGCUUUACAAAUGUCAAUGAAAUCGUGCAUACUGGGAAGACUUUAUCAGCUCCUGGAAUCUGGUUGCUAACCCAACUAGCAGCAGCCAAAGUUGUUGCCACUGCUUUGUGUAAGGGGUCUGGACUUGUAGGUGGCCUUUACGCACCAAGUUUGAUGAUGGGUGCUGCGGUUGGUGCUGUGUUUGGAGGUUCAGCUGCUAAACUUACAAAUUCAGCUAUUCCUGGAAUUGCUGCUCUUGCACAGCCUCAAGCAUAUGCACUGGUUGGAAUGGCUGCCACAUUAGCUUCAGUUUGUUCAGUGCCCCUAACUUCAGUUCUGCUGCUCUUUGAGCUGACAAAAGAUUGCAGGAUAUUACUUCCUCUCAUGGGGGCUGUCGGAUUAGCGAUAUGGGUUCCUUCUGUGGCUAACCAGAACAAGGAGACUGAAAUAUCUAUUACAAGGAAUUUAGGUAGAGGUUAUUCUUCCCUUUAUGCUGCUGAGGAACUUUCUGACAUAGAAAAGGCUGCUAACCACGAAGUAAUAGAUGAAGAUCUGCUUCUCGAAGAUUUGAGGGUUUCCGAGGCCAUGUCAAAGAAGUAUUUAAAGGUAUCAAUGGCUGUUACUGUAAAAGAAGCAAUGAAAUGCAUGCAUGACAGCCACCAGAAUUGUGUACUCCUGGUUGAUAAAGAUGACCUUCUGGAGGGGAUUCUCACAUAUGGUGAUAUUAGACGGUAUCUGUCCAAGAAGCAAAGUGAUGUCUCCAUCGAUGAUUCAACAGCUCUGGAUGUGAAUACAUGUCUUGUUUCCUCUGUCUGCACUCGAGGGAUAACCUACCGAGGGCAAGAGCGUGCACUUUUAACAUGUUAUCCAGAAACCAACUUGGCCAUUGCCAAGGUGUUGAUGGAGGCCAAGGAGAUAAAGCAAUUGCCAGUGGUGAAAUCUAGUGGGGAAGCCCGUAAAGGAAGGAAGCGAAGAAUCGUUGGUGUUCUUUAUUACGAAACAAUAUGGAACUGCCUUAGAGAAGAGAUAAAUCAUAGGAAAUCAGUGCAUCAGCAAAGGAAAGAGAAUAAUGUGGAGGAGGUGAUGAAUAGCCAUUAGUUUUGACUUUUUUUUUAAUGUAUUUCAAACAAUAUUUAUUUAAAUAAAUUAUAAUUAAAAUCAAUUAUUAUACUGUAGAAUCAAACUAAUAAUGGAAUCUAUUUUCGAGUAAAACUAGAAUAGUUUUAAA